CAACACUAGGAAUCCGAAUCAGUUAAAUAUCGGUCUGAGUACGGUCCUAGUUGUUUACUUUGAUUAUCAUAUUUUAUUACAUUCAACACAAUGCAAGGCUUUCGAGAUGUCGUGACUUUUCCGCUUGUGGGCUCCGUGCAGAAUGCUCCGGCUCUGAUUGUUCUAGCAGGAAUUUGCGAUUCUGAAGAUUACGCCGAAUGUGAAUGGAUAUUGAGCAAAUUUCAACAAUCCUAUCCUGCUUGUGUUGCUAAAAAGGUUCCUUUGAUGACGGACGAAUGGGCGGGUUUCCUCCAAGUAUUGCGCGGUUAUUGCGGAUGGCAUCAUGAUCUGUCCAACAACAUUAUCGUUUACCGUGAAGCUUCACAAAACCCGUACCAAUAUAUUGGAGGUGUCGAUUCCUUCCGAUUAUACCUGAAACAGUUGUUUCACCUGAACUGUGACACAAUCCCUUUAGAAUACAUUGACGGGUAUGCGUCCGACAAUCAGUCGGAAGUCUUGCGAUUACGUGGUCAUUUUAAGGAAAAAGCUGACCCUGAAAAUUUAUGGAGAGUAGCGAUAAUUGCCACAAAUCAUUUGGAAACCAUUCCAUUGCGUCUGAUCCAGCAGUUUGGAGAGGAAAGUAUUCUUGGUGGAGAUAAGCUGAUCCGUUUAACAAUCCAUAAUACUUGUGCGAAAUUUCGUGAACGACAUGGGUUUCACUGGACGGAUGUCGGCAUUAAUGAUUAUCUCGAAAAUAACAGCCAUCGCCUUGAACAGCUUUACGAGACCUUGUACGAGGCAGAUUUACAACAAGCCGUGGCGAAUCAAGAUUUAAUAAUCAUACUGUGGUCCAUGCGACAAGAAGUUUACACAGCACUGGAAGGGCGUACGUAUGCCCUGCGCAGUGGGAUGAGUCAAAAGCUUUUGUUUCUCAUUGUUCAGGAGAUAUACAACGAUUUUGCGAACAUAAGUGACGCUUUCCAGAAUUGUGGCGAAUUAAAAGACACCAAGAUUUUGUUAGCCAGCAGCAGAUUCAAAACACCGUUGUGCGCGGUGGGAACGUAUUUGUGCCAGAAACUAAACGGCAAGCUUCCGGCAUCGAACAUUAUGGUCAAUGCCUUAGCGGUGGAUCGGAGUUAUCGCAGCGUUAUAGCACAGCAGCUUGGAGUUCGAACAGCUGACGUUGCUGGUACAGCCGCCUGGGGUAAUCUGGGUGGAACAAUGCUCUUUGAUCCAACAAAUGUAGAAGUGUUUGGGCACCGCGGAGUUAUCGAGGCACCCAAAACUAUAGAAUUUUCGCGACCGUUGUUACAGGUUUUUUGUGAUGCGCAAAAAUUGCAGACUGGUAUCUCUGUGGAUGGGCCGAUGCGAUUGAACUAUCGAGAAAUACUGGAAAGCACUCGAUGUUCGUCGCUGUUGACUUCUUUUACCUGCGUGAAUAUUUUGAGCCAUUGGUAUGGAAAUCGCAGCAAAGAAGUACAGAAAACACAUCCAGAAACCUUUGUAAUCAGGUCGUCAGUCGAAUGGCUUUCUUUGGGUGUCUUGACCUCCGGUGAUAUUAUCACCAAACUACCUGUACCAUUCGGCUACGUGGUCGUUAUGCCAGUUUAUUUCAACUCUGAUGGAACACAUGUGGUGUCGAUCGACAAUGCUCGUCACGAAAUAGAAGUUAUUUUGCAGAAAACUAUCCUAGAAUUGAAAGAAUUCUUGGACGUGAUUAGGUCCAACUUUGAUACCGCAGUACUGGACCCGAUGCCGAUAAAAAACGAUUCUUCGGAUAGAUGCGCGAUAUCAGAAGUGAAAUCUGUACUUUCCGGAUCCGUACACAUGGAGAGCCAAGAUCAAACUGAUGCUAUGGCAGAGGACAAGACAGCUGCGGAAGCACAAAAUAAAAUAACUGUGAGCAAUGCAGACAGACCAGAGACGGUCGAAGUAGACAAUCAUGACGACCAGGCAACGGAAAUGCUCUAAAUUCCACUUAUAAUGCUACAGUAUACAAAGAGCGAAGUUAAGCUUCUCAAGAUUACCUGGGAUGUGCCUUCUAACUCGUCAAACAAUAUUAGUUACAUGACCUCCGUCCAAACGCGAUUUCAUAUAGGUUUUUAUUUUGAUCUGGUAUUUUUCGAGGUGAAUAAUGACUUUCUUUUUUUCUUUUCCAUGCAAUAACUGACAGCGGAGAAGUAUGCUGUGCUUCUGCAUGCAGAGGGUGAUAACUCCAAUAGUUACUUACUACAUACUUAUGGAAG